GUUCUAGACUUUUAUAUUCAUCUUUCAGGUCCAUUUUCUCUUCGCUUCCACUUCACGAUUCGCCAGGCGCUCCCAGUACGUUGGUCACGUGGUCAAAGCGACAAAAACAUACAUCAACUUCUACAUAUCAUUUCCCGGUUUGUAAAAUGGCUGCAGCGACACCUGAACGGGCGACCAAAGAGGUCUUUGAUUUGUUCAAAAAAUAUGGAGAUAGAGACUAUAUAGGCGAGCCAGUAUCUCAAGAAGAACACAUGAUUCAAUGCGCCAUGUUAGCCGAGAAGGACGGAUACUCCGACGAGGUCAUCUUGGGGGUGUUCUUGCACGACAUUGGACACCUGGUUGGGUUCGAUAGAGAUCUUCCUCCAAUGGCAGAUGUGGGUACAAAUGCACAUGAGAUUGUAGGUGAACAGUUCCUCAAAGAUCUUGGAUUUCCGGAAUGUGUGACAAGUUUUGUUCGUGGCCAUGUGGACGCCAAACGUUAUCUUGUCUUUAAAUACCCGGACUAUCACGCCAAGGUAUAUUUUUCUAGCUCAAAAGUCACGAGAUCAAGAGGUGGAGUUUUCACCUUUUUAUGCCCCCUUAGUUCUGCCCUCCAGAUUCAUGAGUAUUAAAUACAGUGUUAAAUACAAUGUAGCAACGCUAAAAAGAAAACUAAAUAGUUUUUUUAAAAUGAUUAAUCGCAGUUUUUUUUAAUAGAUAUUUUUUGCCUGCCGAUGAAAAUAGAAAUUGACUCCUUGCAUGUUCCCACCUCCUCACGCCACAAAUAUCGAAAAGCGGUAUUCCCCCCGUCCCAAAAAGGAAGAUAGAAAGAAAAUAAAAUGAAAUAACUAAAGAAUUUAAUCUUAGUAUCGUUUAGCCUGCGUAGCAAGCGUUUCCAAUCGAGUUAUUGCGCGAAAGUAAGAGCGGAAGCGAAAAAAAAAAGGUGGAAGAGGGAGGGGGUUCCUUCUUUCCCCUCCCCCUCCCCCGUCAAUCUUUUUUUUUUUGCUCUCGUCCCGACGUUCUCGACGAACUCGCGCGGAAGCGCUUGCUACGCAGGCUAAGUAUCGUUUCUAUAAUAGCUGCGAAAGUAUUGUUAGCAUUCUCUCAAUCGACUAAAAGGAAAUUUCGCAAUGUAUUCUUUGACGACAUUAGUGCGAUCCAAUAACUUUCUUUUUUCUUAACUCUCUUUCUUAGCUGACUCCAGCGAGUCAAAAGACGUUGAUUUUUCAGGGAGGCCCGAUGACAACAGAAGAGGCCAAAAAGUUUGAGACGUUGAAGCACUUUGAGGCUCUAGUAAAGAUGAGAGAUUGGGAUGACAGAGGCAAAAUAAAAAAUGCUCCAGUUGAUCCGUUGGAGAAAUAUGAAAAUAUGUGUAAAAAUUAUCUAGAAAAGGUCCACAGUAAAUUUUGAACUGCAAAUAAAUUGACAGCUUACAAAUGUAAUAG